AUGAACUUCCAUCACACACGAAUAUGGAAGUUCAUUUGCCUAGUACUCGUAUAUAAGAAGUUUAUCAUUUUCACGGAAACUUCGCCUUCUAGAUUCAUAGCCUGCCAAUCACAAACAUUCCUUAGGACCAAGAGGGAAACUGAGCAAAAACCACCUUCUUUAGUCAGUGUAAACAUACAACAUCACUUCAACACUGACGAAAUCAAAUACAGAUACAAUUCAGCUCAGGAUAGUCACACAUUUAUACCCGUAUCACCACACCUUAUACACACAGUAACAAAGGGAACAAGGGAACUAUGGAACUCUGAACACAAGGAAUACGGCACAUCAGUAUUUGUAGGCACGAACGACCAGGGUGAACGGAUAUUCAGAGUAUACUUCUCUAAAUACGUCCCGGAACCCGAAUUUGUCACCCAAUCCAAAAAGCAGGAUGAAGAUGUAUCACUAGAGGAUUUUGACAAGCACUUAUUAAUCCUCAACCUCAGAAAUAGACAAACAACAGACCGAACGGAGUAUGUGUACGAUUCAACCACAGGCACACACACUUUCAGAGCACUCGACCCAUACCUGUUCGGAUCAGUAGUAAAGGGAGACCAGCCAGUCUGGAAGCCUGAGAUCCCAGUCUACCCCAACAAAGCACUUGUUUUCAAGGGGCAGAACGACGAGCCCAUGAUACGAUUGUAUUUUCCAAUUGAGCCCGAGCCCCCGCCCAUCGAGCACUUUAGACCUGAAAGGAAGGUACAAAGAAUGGGAGGAAAAAGACUCAAAUCACACACAUAUGACUCUAUCGCAAACAAAACACCGAUUUCUCUUAAUGUAGAUUAUAAUUGGAGCACACCCAUGUGGCGUUACGCCGAGAAGAACAACACGGCCACGUACACACCGAACGAAGGAUAUAUAUUCGGACUCGUGAAGGACGUUAAAGGAGCCGGUGUGUCGAAAAAGGAAGCAGUAAUAUGGAAAGCCAGAGAAGAUCUAGAAUACUCAACAAAGGUCACGUACGAACACUCGGAGUCCCUAGUCACCGUAUAUUCAGUCAACGGCACGACGAGGUCAUUCAGAAAAAACGAGCACAACCAAUGGCUCGAAGACAACUUAUACCAUUUCGAGCCUGGUUUAGUAAAAGAAACGUGCGUGAUAGUGGACCUGGAUAUAAAUGAAAAGGGACUGAAGGACGUUUACGAGUUUUCUUCCUAUGUGGAAAAGGACCCUCUUCACACGGAAAAGAGCACUUACAAGGCCAGGGUCGGCUAUAGGUUCGACAUGGUGCGAAGAGGCCACGAAGUCAUAUGGAGAGCGAGAAACAGAACGGAGUAUUCUAGUCGAGUCUGCGUGAAUCGUUAUUUUAACGUCGGAAAGACCAAUGUAUUUGUUUACUUGCCGGAUGGAACGGUUAAAAAAGUCACAACUCAAGGCUGA